AUGAGUGAGUGUUUCACAGCCAAUGGUGCAGAUUAUAGGGGAACGCAGAACUGGACAGCGCUACAAGGGGGGAAGCCAUGUCUGUUCUGGAACGAGACUUUCCAGCAUCCAUACAACACUCUGAAAUACCCCAAUGGGGAGGGAGGCCUGGGCGAGCAUAACUAUUGCAGAAAUCCAGAUGGAGACGUGAGCCCCUGGUGCUAUGUGGCAGAGCACGAGGAUGGUGUCUACUGGAAGUACUGUGAGAUACCUGCUUGCCAGAUGCCUGGAAACCUUGGCUGCUACAAGGAUCAUGGAAACCCACCUCCUCUGACUGGCACCAGUAAAACUUCCAACAAACUUACUAUACAAACCUGCAUCAGUUUUUGUCGGAGUCAGAGGUUCAAGUUUGCUGGGAUGGAGUCAGGCUAUGCUUGCUUCUGCGGAAAUAAUGCUGAUUACUGGAAGUAUGGAGAGGCAGCCAGUACUGAGUGCAACAGCGUCUGCUUCGGAGAUCACACCCAACCCUGUGGUGGCGAUGGCAGGAUCAUCCUCUUUGAUACUCUCGUUGGUGCCUGUGGUGGGAACUACUCAGCCAUGACUUCUGUGGUCUAUUCCCCUGACUUCCCUGACACCUAUGCCACAGGAAGGGUCUGCUACUGGACCAUUCGGGUUCCGGGGGCCUCCCGCAUCCACUUCAGCUUCCCCCUGUUUGACAUCAGGGACUCAGCAGACAUGGUGGAAUUGCUGGAUGGCUAUACCCACCGUGUCUUGGCUCGGUUUCACGGGAGGAGCCGCCCACCUCUGUCCUUCAAUGUCUCUCUGGACUUCGUCAUCUUAUAUUUCUUCUCUGAUCGUGUCAAUCAAGCCCAGGGAUUUGCUGUCUUAUACCAAGCCAUCAAGGAAGAACCGCCUCAGGAGAGGCCUACUGUCAACCAGACAUUAGCCGAGGUGAUCACGGAGCAGACCAACCUCAGCGUCAGUGCUGCCCGGUCCUCCAAAGUUCUCUACGUCAUCACCACCAGCCCCAGCCAACCAACUCAGACUGUCCCAGGAUGGACAGUAUAUGGCCUGGCAACUCUCCUCAUCCUCACAGUCACUGCCAUUGUAGCAAAGAUACUUCUGCAUGUCACAUUCAAAUCCCAUCGUGUUCCUGCUUCAGGAGACAUUAGAGAUUGUCAUCAACCAGGGACUUCGGGGGAAAUCUGGAGCAUUUUUUAUAAACCUUCUACUUCAAUUUCCAUCUUUAAGAAAAAACUCAAGAGUCAGAGUCAACAAGAUGACCGUAAUCCCCUUUUGAGCAUACUCAGCAAGGCAGGAGUGGGCUGUGAGGAAGGAAGUCAGAGGUGAAUCUCCUGCUUCAGAAAAGACAUUCUUUAGAAGGACAGCCCAGAGGCCCUUGCCUGCCUACAUGGGCCCCCGGGACUCCCGCAUGUCAGACCUUCCCACGUCCAAACUCACCUUCCAGUGGGGAAUUGACUUUGGAUGACAAGGCUUUAUUUGUAAAUAUGCUCAUAACAUGCAACUCUGAGAACAAAAUAGAAACAUCAUGUAUUUUAAAAUGUAAGAUGAAGUGUGAU